UUGGACGAUACACGGCGCCGUCACGGCCAAACCUACAGAUACCCUCGGGGACCACACACCCGGAUCGUCAUUCUCGCUCUUCCCUCGUCCUACAGAGAUCUCCAGACCCGCAUCUUCAGCAGCAAUGGUAGCUAUUGCUAACGAUAAGAAGGCCACUACCGGUGGCGUUGUGGCAGCGCGUCUACUGGGCUCUACGUGCUCUGGUCUCUGCGAGCUUAUGAUCUUCCACCCCGUGGACACGAUCGCUAAGCGUCUCAUGACCAACAAGGAGCCUAUGCACGGUAUGGCUGGCCUCAACAAGGUCAUCUUCCGCGACGCAUACGAAAAGCCUGUGUUCGCGCGCUACCGCUCGCUGUUCCCCGGUCUGGGUUUCGCUGCUGGCUACAAGGUCUCGCAGCGUAUCUACAAGUUCGGCGGUCAGCCCGUGGUCAAGGACUACAUGAGUAAGAACCACGCUUCCUUCUUCGAGCACACGUUCGGCGAGCGUAAUGCCAAGACCAUGAUGCACGCCACGGCCGGCAGCCUCAUCGGCAUUGGCGAAAUCGCUCUCCUGCCGCUGGAUGUGCUCAAGAUCCGCGCACAGACCAACCCGGCCGCCAUUGCCGGCAAGGGCGUGGCCCACAUCUUCAAGACGGAGGGCUUCGCUCUGUACCGUGGCGCCGGCUGGACGGCUGCGCGUAACGCGCCCGGCUCGUUCGCUCUGUUCGGUGGUUCGGCCCUCGCCAAGGAGUAUCUCUUCCAGCUCGAGGACUUCAACAGCGCCACCUUCUUCCAGAACUUCGUGGCGUCCAUCUCUGGUGCCUCCGCCAGUAUCAUCGUGGCGCAACCGCUUGAUGUGAUCAAGACACGCAUCCAGUCGCGUCCGUUCGACUCGCCCGAGAGCGGCAUGACGGUCGUGCGCAACCUGCUGAAGACUGAGGGCCCUGGCGCUCUGUUCAAGGGUCUGAUCCCGAAGCUGUCAGUCGUUGGCCCCAAGCUCGUGUUCUCGUUCGCAGUGGCACAGCACUUGAUCGCGUACUUCGAGAAGUCUUUCGCUUAAGUAGACUACGCAGCGAUAGAAGCAGAGGAGAGACCGACGACUGAUCUGUUGCUCGCGCUAGAGCGUUCGCAGUUAACUGUCACGCUGGUACCUUCAUUUAUAAAUAUGUUCUUUCAAGUUUUGCACGUUGUUUUCUAUUAAAGCA